AUGGAAGACACCAACAUGGCAACCUCUUCGCUGCAUCAGCAGCAUCAACAAUUCGGCCAAGGCCUUGGUAACAACGGCGAUGGCCCGCCUGGCGACAGGCAAGAUGACAAGUCCCAACGUGGGCACUACGCGGAUGUCAUCCGCCCGCCUGAUUUCAUGGCAGUCAUGAAAGACGCCGGCGUGAAGCACUUUCAUACCCGGUGCAUGAUGUGUGGUGAGACGGCAACGUCACACCACCGCAAGACCUGGCGCGAAUGCCGAGGGCGUUGUCCACUCAACCCCAAUCAUACUCACACUCAGCAGAUCUGCCCCGACCUGCUGAAGGUUGCCAACGAGGAUUGGUGUAUAGCGCAUCUGGAAGAGAGCAUGAAAGCUGAGCGUGAUACCGCUCGUGGGCCAGAGACGCUGCAGCGACGAGAGCAGCGACGAGAGUCGCAAUGCGAGCACCGACAUGAGGCGCCAGGCGUUUCUAGCCUAGACAGGCAGGCUCCCGCGGCUCCUCCGAAAUUCCCCUAUGCGGCUCCUCCGCAAGGUAAGUGGCAGACUAAUAGGUCGCCAACGCCAUAUCUCGACGACAGAAGGUCGAGUUCCGGUGAGCGCUACGGCGCUAUGUAUAGUCCUGUACCUGAGACAGGACAUGAUCAUCAUGGUAGUUAUACUGACCAUAGGUAUCCUUCCGAUGGAGAUAGAUACCCAGAACCCACUGGCCGAGGCCGCAGUCGGGACGUACGUGAGCGGAGUCCGCCACUGCCUGAAGAGAGUGUCGACCAUGGCACUCAAGCGAUGAUCGCUAAUCCAGGAAGCCCUCAAAUAACGGGCACAUGCAACAGGAACCAGGCUGUUCAAUACAGCCCAAGCACCCAUAAGACGCCGGCUCAGCCGCGCAACGUGCCAGCAGCCGGCCCCACGGGCCUCCUACCUGAUGUCGAUAUCGACUCCACCGAGCUGCCUGGUAUGGCGCUUAUUGACGUCGACCGCUAUGUAGACCUAGCACGGAGAAUACCGACUGAUGGUUUCUUGCCGCUGAUCAAGGCGGGUUUCGACGAUGAGCGCGCCUCAGGCUCGCCAUUGAGUGGUAUCAUGGAAGAUCCCGAGUUCCCUCCCGUAUGGCAAGGCGCCUGUGAUCGGUUUUUCUGUUCCAUGAACGAAGAGGUCCUUAUUGAGACCAUUGCUGGCAACAUUGAUCUUGCUUACCUGAAAAGCCGGGCCGCUGGUACUGACGUCGCACAGUACAUUGACAAGCUGCGAGAUCGCGCUUCAUACCAUCCUUCGUGCUAUGUACGGCCCUUGACCGAUACUAACGGCUCCGCCAUGUCGCUUGACCAUUAUGAGCAGAUGCUAGACAUCGCUGAGCGCUACUGCGAGCGCAGUGUGGCACAUGCCACCGAAGCGUACAACAUCGACUGCAUUGCCGAUGAAGAGGAAUCUCAGACGACGGAUUCCCAAGACACCACUGGCUGGUCCCUCGAUGAUUCGAGAAAAGGUAUUCGCCGCCAUCUCACGACAAGCGCAAACGCAUUCUCGGAGAGCAGAGCGAAGUGUCUUCGCGCCUGGAUCGUAGCAGGCCGAGCUCGCAUACGCCAUUGUCGAAGCCAAGGCAUCAACCUAGCACCCCCAAUACAGUAUGUUGGGUACGCAAUGAACGCCGCAAAGCGGCGCAAAGGCCACGAAAGCCGGAACUCGGCUAGUUGGCUCAGUCUGCUUGUAAGCGACAUAUGCGAGACGCAAUGGCCUGGUUUGUACAGGCUCAAGUUCUACGUGAUCUGCUUGAUCCUCGACCCCGGUCUGGGACAGCUCUGCGAGGUUGUCUUCUGUCGCUAUCUACGCGCUCACACUGUGAAUGGCGGCCUUAGCAUCGAUUGGGCAGGCAAGAGUAUAUCAAGCCUUGCCUUGCCAGGGGCAACAGAUGCAGAGCGAGACGACUUUUGGUCUCGCAAGCAACAGUGGGUCGAAAAUAACACUGACUUCACAGCGAAUGUCACCCUUGAGGGGCAGCGCCGCAAAGCUUUGUAUAAAGCUGAGUACAUGCGGAAAAUUGCUGCAGAAGAGGAACGCUCGGCACAACUCAAGCAGAGAGUAGCCGAUGCUCAGCACUUGUUCGACCAAGCCGAACAGUCCCUCGCGUUGGUGAGGAAGGAAGGCCCACUAACCGCAAAGAAUGCGCAGGCGCUUGAAGCCGUCGAACUCGGCAAAGCAAUCCUCAAGCGAUAA